GGACAAAAAGCACAACAUAAACGGGAACGAGCAAAGAAUGAUGCAAAAAAGGGAGCAACUAGUCAAUUGAAAGCGAACGAAGCUGCCAAGAAUAUAGUAUGUCAAGUUUGUCGAAAUACAUUCUUAUGUACUGUAAGGAAGAAAGCAUUGGAUGAACACGCCGGUGUUAUAGUUACUAGUCAAAGGGCAGUUGAAGGACUCAAAGUAGCAUGGGAACAAGUACUUUCUUCCGGUGAAAGGAUAGAUGUAUUAGAGGAAUGGAAAACGUUACCAUAUUUUGUCGUUGGUAGAUCAACUGCGAAAGCUGUAAAAGAGAUGUUUGAGAUCGAUCCACUUGGAGCUGAUGAAUCGGGAAAUUCUGAAUCAUUGGCAGAUUAUAUAAUAAAAUAUUUUAAUUCAACCCGGGGUAAAGAAUUAUUAUUUCUUGUGGGAGAUAAGAGAAGAGAAGAAUUACCAAACAAAUUAUCAAAAUCAGGAAUAUUAUUAAAAGAAUUAAGAAUUUAUGAAACCAAACCGAAUUCAUCAUUUUCUACCGAAUUAGAUAAAAUAUCAGAAUACCUUGUUGAAAGAAAGAAAACAAUUAAUUGGAUAAUCUUUUUUAGUCCAUCCGGAGUUGAUAAUUCAUUAGAAUUAUUAAAAGUCAAUUUAUUAAAAGAUUGGGAUAAAAUUAAAAUUGCUAGUAUAGGUAAAACUACAAGUAAAUAUUUAGAGAAUAUUAAAAACAUUAAAGUAAAUAUUACUUCGCCAAAACCUGAAGCGGAAAGCUUGGCCGAAUCAAUUCAUGAAUAUAAUAAAAAUUUAUUAUCUUAA